CAACGGCUGAUGUUACAACAACAGUUGCUGACACAAUUACAGUUGCUGACGCAACUACGGCUGAUGUAACAACAACAGUAGCUGACACAACUACAGUGGCUGACGCAAAUACGGCAGAUACAACAGCAGCUGAUGCUACAAGUACAGUGGCUGACACAACUACAGCUGAUGCUACAACAACAGUUGCUGAUGCAACAACGGCUGAUGUUACAACAACAGUAGCUGACACAACUACAGUUGCUGAUGCAACAACGGCUGAUGUUACAACAACAGUUGCUGACACAACUACAGUUGCUGAUGCAACAACGGCUGAUGUUACAAC